ACUUGCAAAGACAGAAACGGCCCUUUCAUUUCCUGGGCGGGCACUCGAAAAAGAGAAAGAGAAAAGCGCAAACCUGAGGCCUGGGAGAGGAAGAAAAAAAAAGUGCUAUCUUAUGCCGUUGUGUUGCAAGCUGAAACCGGCAGAGAGAGAGAGAGAGAGAGAGAGAGUAAGGAAGUUCAGCAUGCAGCUCGUGUCUUACUGACACAAAACGGGGAACCUGGUGUCGAGCUCUGGGGCCGUCUUACCAUCUUGGAGGCUUGUCUAUCUUUUAUUGUAGUGGAAUCUGCUGAACAUACAAGGAAAGUGUCUUCUCCUUUUUUUUAACAAGUAAUUUUAAACUAUCAGCAAAGAAAAUUGAGAAGGUGGAUGGAAACUGAACUGUUUAGCCUUGCAAGUAACACAUAUCUGGACUGAAGGCUCCAGUUUAACUCAGAAAAGGUUCAUUUUGCUUUUGCUGUAUUUUGAAAUGAUUUAAAGGAAGACAAGCUGAAAAAAUAGGGUAUGAUGAGGUCUUAAAAGGUAAAAGUUAUGUUUUUAUCUGCAUCAGAAGGAACAAAACCUACAUGCUUUUUGAUUGACUUUUGAGGAACUUUCAGUCAUCUGAUUAGUACUUUCUUUACAUUAAAGAAAGGCACAAAAGUCAGACAAUUGGCAGAAAGACGAUUAAAAGGAAGAAUCAUCCUUUAUGCCAGGACAACUGAGUGCAGACACCUGGCUCACCUUUUAGAAUCAUUCUUCAGAACCGCGUUUGCAUGUUAGUGUUCCUACGUGGAGUGACUCUCUUGUGAAACCAUGAAGUUGCUAGGAUUGUUACAGCUGACGGCUCUCUUGUUGGACUCCUGGUCUUGGACACAAGGCAUGUCUACCUGCAAGACCCUGGACAUGGAGCUUGUCCGUAAAAAGCGCAUAGAAGCUAUUCGUGGCCAAAUUCUGAGUAAGCUUAAAAUGUCUCAGGAGCCGACCACUGAGAGCGAUGGGGUCACUGUACCCCUGGAGGUGAUGUCCCUCUACAACAGCACCCGUGAUAUGGUACAGGACAUGUCAAAUCAGGUUGUCGAAGGCCCCUACUGGGAGACUGCAGAGGAAGAUUACUUCGCUAAGGAAGUGCACAAGUUCAAAAUGAUUAAAAAGGAACCCAAAAGCAAUUUUCAGAGACAAAUUGUCUUCAACGUGACUGAAAUGAAAACCGUCAUUAGCAACGUGAACCUCCUGUAUCGAGCCGAGCUGAGGGUCCUGGUGAAAACCACCAUCGCACCAGGGGAUGAACAGCAGGUGGAGCUCUACAUGAGCCUCGGAGCGAACAAGAGCAAAUAUCUGGAGACACGUUUUGUGAGCUCUAAAGACUCGGACAAGUGGAUGUACUUCAAUGUGACAGAGUCCAUCCAAACAUGGCUGAGGAGUAAUGAAUCAACACAGACACUUGAUUUCAAGUUGCACUGUAAUUGUGGGGGAGAGCAGGGCACCAUACAGUUCCAGUUUUCCGGCCUAGACUCAAGUCGGGGAGACUUAGAGAAGAUGUCAGAGACGAACCCCAUGUCUCCUCAUAUCAUCGCCAUGACAAUCCCAGAGGAACGCUUCAGCACCAUGCACAGCUCUCGCAGGAAACGAGCACUCGACACCAAUUACUGCUUCAGCACUGAGGAGAAGAAUUGCUGUGUGCGACCAUUGUACAUUGAUUUCCGCAAAGACCUGGGCUGGAAGUGGAUCCACGAGCCCAAAGGCUAUUAUGCCAAUUAUUGCAUGGGACCAUGUGCCUACAUCUGGAAUACAGAUAGCAAGUACACCCAGAUACUUUCUCUCUACAAUCAUCACAACCCUGGAGCAUCUGCUCAGCCAUGCUGCGUUCCCCAGGUCCUAGAGCCUCUCCCAAUACUUUACUUUGUGGGUCGAAACCAUAAAGUGGAGCAGCUCUCCAACAUGGUGGUGAAGUCCUGCAAGUGUAGCUGAGGCCUUGGUGGCUGCCUGAAGACUUCAGAACUCAUCCUCUUCCUUUCCCCAUCCCAGACCUUUAUUGAUGCAGCCCAUUAUCCUGGACUUGCUGAGUGAGCAGUGACAAGACAGACGAGGCUUACUGACCCUAUUUAUAGAAGGAAGUGAUCUAGGUAUCGGCCUAGACUCCACUGCUUGCUCUAGCAGCCUGCUGGAGAGAAACUGACCGGGUUGCAAACUAAACGUUUUAUAAUAAAAUUGUUUUCUUUUGAGAAUCAGUAUGGUGGCACAAGGAGAUGGAAAGGAGUAUUCAACAGGCACUUCCUUUAUACCCGAGGAGUUAAGUGAAUGAGGGCUCAGCUUGGAGUUUGGAAACAACAGCCAAUAAAAAUGAACCAAACUGAUGAGACCUUUUUAGCCCUGAGCUACUAAGGAUGUAUCCUGCUGCAUGUGUGGGCAGGGACCACCUUGCAGAGACUUUGCUUACCCUGAAAUGACUUACUGCAGCUUCACGUUUUUAGGUCUUCUGCGAAUUGCUGUGCAGAGAGUUCACAUCUUGUUACAUUGAGGACUGCAUCGCUGCAGCCUAACCUACAAAACAAAAAGACUCCAUUACUGAUGUCUCAUGCCAUUGUUACAUCUAUGGACUGCAUUGCUGGAAUUUUGCACCUGUCUCUUAUCUCCAAAGUUCCAGGGUUUGUUUACAUCUACAAAUAUUGUCACUGAGAGCUAAUGUCACUGUUACAUCUGCAGCAUUACAGCCUAGGUUACCAAAUACAAAUCUGCAUUGCACUGGACUUAAAGCUGCCUUUCAUCUCAUUGCUUCAUCACAAAGGCCUGGCACCAUGCAUCACUGAGGGCGCACAUCCAAAGGCAAAUUGUUUUUUAUGAGGCCUAAUAUCAGAUUUACGUAUGUUGACUACGCCAUUACGGCAUGAAGCCCUGAUAGGAGAAAUUACAUGAAUACUAAGCUUGUUGAGUUGAAUGGUUCUGUUCCUGUCAACAUUGUUUUAGCACUUUGGUAUUACUGCAGUUCCGCAUGGCAUUGGCCUAAUCCACGCCUUUCGUUAUUGAGUCAAUCUGUAUAUUACAUUUACAUUUAUUUGUUCAGCUGACGCAUUUAUCCAAAGUGACUUACAUAAGAGGUCAACAUAAUCGAAUAAAUCUCAAACUGGGUGGUAAUUUGCAACACAUGUGACAGGAGAAGGGUACAAAAGUGAACACCAAAAGUAAAGAAUUCAGAACAACAUACAAGUAAGUUACACUUCCUAGGCUAUAAAAACACAGCCAUUAUCAGGUAGACAGAAAUUCACUAAGCAAGUCUUUAAAUGCUUGUUAAAGACAUUGAGCUAGAACUUCAGAACUUUGAAUGGAGGUCGGCUGCUCAUUUCAUCAUCUAGGAGCUACAUGUGAAGAGUCUGGAUUGAGAUUUGAUACAAGGCAGAGGUGGCAUCGCCAGAUGUCAGUCAUCAGCAGACAUGAAUGGGCUAGAAGGACCAUAGGACCUCACAAAUGUCUCCAUAUAUAUAUGCAAGAACUAAGAGUUUGAACUUAAUAGAUGCUGUUGUAGAAAGCCAAUGUAGGGAGUGGCAUGCGCCGGCCUUAGGAAGUUGGACAUUGUGAAUCAUUUGUAGUGGCUUUGUGGCAAAAAGCCUAAAGCCUGUAUUACAGUUCUGGGUUGUGUCCCAGAGGUCCAGGUUCUGUUUGUUUAUGUGAAAGACACCUAAUGUUGACAUUACAUUCCUCACGUAGCCAAGAUUAGAUUCACUCUUGGCUCACACCAUGGCUCAUCCUCCACCUGGGAAUGCACUUUGACCUCUUGUAAUUAUAGACCAAUAAAGGGGAUACAUAUGCUACCAAGGGUUAAGGUUCAAUGCCAGGCUGAGAAGAAGUGAUCCCAUCUUGUUUGCAAAAGCUGAAGGCGUUGCAAGCUGUAAACCAAAUCUUCAUCAGCGUAUUCCAGAGUGCAUUGCUGAGGCCUAAUAUUUAAGUGCUGGAUGACUGCUGCCUAAAGCCAAGUGGCACAUUACAUGAUUCUUAGUCAGAGGGAACAUCAAACUUGUCAAAUGCAACUGCUGAUCUCAGGAAUCUCUGAGGAUUACAUGAUGAGUACUUUCAGAGAGUGUCAAAUUAGACGACUCUGUGAAGACUUUCCAGCACAGUUUCACAAUUUUAAAAUAUUGUGAUAUUAUGCCUUUUCUCUGACAGCCAAUAACAUGUUGCCUGUACUGGUGCUUUACAGGUAUAGGGGGUUUAAUGAAUACCGCUGCCCUUUUUUUUUCCAUUCUGUUGUCUCUCUUCGGUUUUCAAGAUCCAAAACACCAGUGUUUCUUAUUUCUUGCAGCUGAAUUCUGUUUAUUGUACUUUCAGCUGAGCACUCAUUUGUUCUCAAUUCUUGUGCAUAAAGUCAAUCCUGCAGACGUAAUGCACUGAGUCACUGGGUACGUGACUGGGGAAUGCUGCAACUGCCCCCAACUUGCUAAGGUUAUGUAAAUUAAGUUUGCAACUGAAGAGUGCUAGAAAACUUAAGCAAUGGCACGGGGCCCUAGCUUUAAAAUUAUAGAUAAAUAGACAUAGGUAAAACUUGGCAAAUUUGGCUUUUUACAAAAGCUCAAUAAAUAAGAACAUAAAUAAAUCCAUCCAUCCAUCUUUUCUACCUUCCUAACCCGCUUAUCCAGGGCAGGGUUGCUGGGCAGCUUGAGCCUAUCAUGGCAAUCAUAGGACACAAGGCAGGAAUACACACACAAACGGGCCAUUUUAACAAUACACAAAUAUUAUAACAAACCAAUAAACAUAACAAUUCCUAAAAAGAAAAAGAAAACACUUGACUGAAGAUUAAACGAGGUUGUACUUUUGAGACCAAACAUUAGGCUUCAGUUUCUGUGCUGAGAUUUAACGCCUGCGUUUCUCUUCAUAAACCCGAUCUAAAGCUAUCUUCACAUGGUAUGAUUGUUUCCGCAGUUACUGUUUCUCAAGUCACAAAUUUUUCUGUUCAUAUGCAUUUGUAGUCAAAAUUUUGUGCUACGUUAUCAUUGAUUUCCUCAUUAAUUUACAAAAAAUGAAAUUAAAGAUUAGUUGAAAUUAUUCCUUGAAAAUAAAAACUAAAGAAAACACAUUUCGCAGAUAUUGCAUAUAAUUGCAAGCUGAACUGAUUAUUAUUUUUUUAUUUUAUAUAAUACUAGCUGUGUAAGUCCGUGCUGUAAAAAGCCUGGGGUCCUAGAAAAUAUUGAAAUUGUCAAAAAAAAAAACUGAAAUGUAGAGAUGUCACGUGAUUGAUAGGAACUACUCUGGGCAUCUCUGUCCUAGGAGGAUUCGUUUUUGCCAACUUGCUCACAUCGCUUGUGCAUUAGCGACAGGAGGAAAAGUUAAAGGGAUACCGUUGUUAGCGGCUAAGAGACUUUGUCUUUCUUCUCAGGUUUCGUUUUGCUGACGUGCUGGCCUCGUUUGUGUUAUUAGAAGCUAAGCGAGUUUUCUGUUUCCUUUCCUCGACUCCACCUCUCACUUCUGGGCCAGACAGACACACACACUUCCACGAGUUGAUGUUUGGGUUUUUGUUUCUUCGAAUGUGGAGCCCUUACCUCGACUCCACCUCUCACUUCCAGGCCGGACAGACACACACACUUAAAUGCGUAGACGUUUAUAUAUAAGAAGUCAAAUUUUCAGAAUGUCUCUCCAUAUCACUUUGUAGUUCAAUUCAUCAGACGUAAGAAGUGAUUCAGCACUGAAUGGGCAGCCAAUCUGUAGCAGAGGAGACUCCUAUGUGAACUGGCAACUUACAAUGCUUUGUACCAGAAAAAACAAAAAAAAACCACAGCAGGCACAAUUUUGGUUCAUCCAAGUGAAGUGAAACUAAUCAAACAUGGUAUUAAAAGUCCCUAAAGGACUCUGUAGCUAGUCUGAAGGAAAGAAGUAAAAAGUGAAAUUAUUAUUGUAGACUGGAGUGCUUGCCUGUACCAGCUAGUUCCUAAAGACCCAUAAUGAUGAAACAUGACACAAGCAAGCACAGAGACAUACACUCCCAAUUUCAAAAAAUAAAAAAAUUCUGAAAAGUUUACCAGAAAAAGAAACAAACCACGGAAAACAAAGAGGUAAAAAAAAUGUAAAUUGACAGAUUCUGUGCCACUAAACAGAACAGAAAGCUUGACAACGCCUUUAUGUUUCAGUGUCCUUUCAAUAGGAAAAAUGGCCCCAGUGAUGUGAGAUGUGAAUGUUCUUGCCUAUGGCUCUUGUAACAUACCUGAAUGCGCUGAUGUCAUGAUGGGGCAGGCAUCUCGAAACACUGAAGACAACAAGAAGAUUGUCAGUCACAAAGCAACAAGGUAAUAUUAGCAAAGGACUUCAAAAAAGUGUGAAAACAAUACCCAUAAAUAAAAUACAAAUAAUCAAUGAAUCAUUAGAAUGCAAAGAAACCAGAAAACAAAUAGAAACUUCAGCAACAAUGGAGCUUGGAGGAACCCUUUUCUUAUUAAAGAGGUCUGAUUCAACCUCGUCACCAGACUGUCACCACCUUUCCUCAAUCCAGACUGCAAAUCUUUGUUACAGUUGAUGACUCUUUUGGUGAGGCCUCAGAUAUUUAUUAUCUACAUUUUUCACGGCACUGAUUUAUAUGCCUUCUAAUAUGUUUGUAUAGUUUCUGGGGUGGCGAGAAUGUAAAUUGUAAUAAUUUUAGUCAUUUUUGUGUUUCUGUUCAAUAAAAUACACCCUUUUUAAUAA